UACCCUUCGAAGGGGGAGAGGGCAAGGAGAGGGGUUGGGAUUCUCGUAACCUCAUACAUGGGUGUAUGUUUGGUCAGCUGGAGGGUGUAAUCAACGCCUUCUACGCUGCGGAAUCCUGACAUUGACGCUUUAAAAGUCUGUUUUUCGAUCUCAAGCAGCAUCAAUUACCGCAUCGAAACCACAACAUUCCAAUUCAGACGAGCAGGUUUUUAAGGCGAGAGAAAAUUUGAAAUGGGAAAAUUCGGAUGCAGAUCAAGAUUGCUGCGAAGGAAGUUGAGAGGAACAGUGUGAAUAAAAUGGUCCAGAGCUGGCCAAGAACUUUCUCAGCCCGACCAUGGAUUUUGGUUGGGAUCGCAGGCAUUUUGCUUGUGGGCCUCUACCUGUUCCACCUGCAGGCCCAGAUAGACUCUCUGAUUACCUCACAAACGCAUUUAGAACGAGAUGUGUCUAAGCUGAACUCCCUAAGGCGCAAGCAGGACCCGUUUCAGCAUCGCCAGGCUCAAUUUAAGUCAAAUGACGUGCCAUUCGAGCGAGACCUGGUUGUGAUCUACAACCGGGUGCCCAAGACGGGGUCGACCAGCUUUGUCGGGGUGGCCUACGACCUCUGCAAACCCAAUGCAUUCCAUGUAUUGCACCUCAACAUUUCCGCCAACAUGCACGUCCUCACGUUGCCCAGCCAGGCGCGCUUUGUGCAAAAUGUAACCGACUGGCGCGAAAUGCGUCCUGCCUUUUUCCAUGGCCACCUCGCCUUUGUCGACUUCCAGAAGUUUGGGUCGCACUUCCAACCUGUGUAUAUUAAUCUUGUGCGGCAGCCUUUGGACCGACUGGUCUCGUACUAUUAUUUCCUCCGGCACGGGGAUGAUUUCCGACCUCAUUUGGUGCGAAGAAAGCACGGAGACAAUGUGUCCUUUGACGAGUGCGUCCAACAAAAUUUGGAGGACUGUAAUCCUGACAAUAUGUGGCUGCAAAUUCCAUUUUUCUGCGGCCACGCCCCAGCCUGCUGGGAAAAGGGCAAUGAGUGGGCCCUGGAGGAGGCAAAGAAAAACCUUCUUGAACACUAUAUGGUUGUUGGAGUGACCGAGCAGAUGGAGGACUUCAUCUCGCUGUUGGAACUCACCUUGCCAUCCAUGUUCCGUGGUGCUGGUCAACACUUUGCAUUGAGCAACAGAUCUCACCUGCGAAAAACAAGUCAAAAGACGAACCCGUUGCCAGAGACGGUCGCACGAAUCCAGCAAUCCAAGAUCUGGAAAAUGGAGAACGAAUUCUACGAGUUUGCUCUGGUGCAAUUCGGGCAUGCCUUGCGUAAAGCUCAGACGCCAGGGGCCAGCGGUGCUCAACAGAUUUUCUUUUAUGAAAAGAUAAGACCUAAGUGACGAAGGUCUCAAUAGUGACAAUAUGUUGUUAAAAAAAAAAGACUCUUCUAUGUUGUUAGGUAGGCAAGCAUGAAACAAUAAUACUGCUCAAAUUCUUAAAC